GUACCUUUAAACUAAUCCCACGUGUUGAGUCGGUCUUAUCAAUGCCGAUUGAUACUGUUUGGCAUUAAACCAAUGGAUUCCCUUAACAACGGAUGGUUCAGCGAACUGCAGGCCGACCUAUGGCCUGGACAGUCCUUCUCCUUGAAAGUAAAGGAAGUAAUUCACAAAGAGAAGUCAAAGUUUCAGGACAUUCAAAUCGUCGAAACAGAGACAUACGGAAGAUGCCUGAUUUUGGAUGGAAUUAUACAGUGUACUGCCCGAGAUGAGUUCUCAUACCAGGAAAUGAUAUCCUUCCUGCCUCUCUGCGCCCACCCGAAUCCCAAAAAGGUACUCAUUGUAGGCGGUGGAGACGGAGGCGUGGCACGCGAAGUGGUGAAGCAUCCUUUGGUCCAGGAAGUCCAUCAAGUGGAGAUCGACGACCGUGUGGUGGAGCUUUCUAAGCAAUAUUUACCAGCUAUGGCGUGCGGAUUCGAAAACGAAAAGUUAAAGCUAACCAUUGGAGACGGCUUCGACUAUAUGAAAAAUCAUAAGAACGAAUUUGAUGUUAUCAUCACCGACAGCUCGGACCCCAUCGGUCCGGCAGUGAGUUUGUUCCAAGAGAGCUACUACGAGUUAAUGAAGCACGCUCUGAAAGAAGAUGGCAUCGUGUGCUCCCAGGGUGGAAGUUUCUGGCUCGACCUCGACUAUAUAAAGAAAACCAUGUCCGGGUGCAAGGAACACUUUGCUAAAGUAGCUUAUGCUGUUACCUCGGUGCCUUCUUAUCCUUGUGGCCACAUUGGCUUUGUCAUGGGCUCUCUUAACAAAAGCCAAGACUUUGUAACUCCUAAACUGGGAAGCUCUGAGAUUAAUGCCUUAGAUUUAAAAUACUACUCCUCAGAGAUUCAUUCGGCGGCCUUUGCCCUGCCUCGUUGGGUUCAAAACCAUUUUUACAAUUGACUAUGCGAUAUACAUAUACGUAAACUUUUGUUACAAAAUAAAAAUCAUAAAAUAUA